AUUGCGAGCUGCCUUUCCUCCCCAAAGACUGGAGCCGGAGCGCUGGGGAGCGCGGCCACGGCGGCGUCUCCUCCGCCACCAAACUCCGGGGUUCGGUUGGGCUUGGGGCCACCUCCUCCUUAGCCAGGAGGAACCCUCUCUCAAUAGGUUCGGCCAGAUUUUUUUCCCCCUACCUAUUUCUUUGUUCUUCUUCCUUUUUUAAAAAACAACAGCAUUUUCUCCCUGACUUUGGAUCUAAGAGUGCUGCAGCCUGAGCCUUCCCAGGGCUCAGCUCUUUCGGGCUGCCCAUCCCUCCGGCGGCCAGAAAGGACGCGCGCCCGGCGUCGGGCGAAGAAAAGAAGAAAAACUUGUCGGAGGGGUUUCGCCAGUCCACAGUCACCCCCUCCCCGCAAACCCAAACCUCCCGCGGUGGCCAGCCCAAGAUCGGGAAAAGUUCCUUCGGAUCCGACUGCUCUCUUGCAUCUGGAGGAGGCACCCGCGCUGCCUGUGGAACUGGAUCUGUUUUGAACCCAGUGGAGCGCAUCACGGGGGCUCGGAAGGCACCCGGGUGGCGCUGCGGGUGCGGAAGCCGGAGUUUGCGAGCCCCGGCUGCUGCUGGUGGUCUUUCCUCCCCGCGGUUGCGGUUUGGUGUCUGGGGUGAGGGUUGCGAGUGUGGUGGCAAGUUGCGAAGAGAGACCGGAGGUCCGGAGAGGACUGCGCUCCCCCGGGUCCGCCCUUCCUCUUCCUGGCUCCCGGCUGUGAAAUCCCAGCGAAAUUUACAAAGGCCGCCCGGGACCGCGGAGAACCUUCCACGGCGUGAAGCUCCGACCUCCCCAGUCCCACUGAGAGCCCAGGGCGCCGGGGGAGGACUGGCGCGUAGGAAGAGGAGGAGGGGGGUCGCGGCGGCGGCAUGGCGAGGUUCCCGAGGGCCGACCUGGCUGCUGCAGGAGUUGUGUUACUUUGCCACUUUCUAAUGGACCGGUUUCAGUUCGCUGGAGGGGAGCCUGGGAACCAGAUCCGUGAUUGGCAACACCACGUUGCUCAGGCCUUCCCGCAAGCAGAAGAGGAGGUAGAAGUAGACACACAUACAUUCAGCCACAGGUGGAAAAGGAACACAGAUCCCCUCAAGGCUGUGGACACGAACCGAGCGAGCGUGGGCCAAGACUCCCCAGAGCCCCGAGGCUUCACAGACCUGCUGCUGGAAGAUGGGCAGGACAACACCACCCAGAUUGAGGAGGACACAGAUCACAAUUACUAUAUAUCUCGGAUAUAUGGUCCAUCUGAUUCUGCCAGCCGGGAUUUGUGGGUGAACAUAGACCAAAUGGAAAAGGACAAAGUGAAGAUUCACGGAAUACUUUCCAAUACUCAUCGACAAGCUGCAAGAGUGAAUCUGUCUUUCGAUUUUCCAUUUUAUGGCCAUUUUCUACGUGAAAUCACUGUGGCAACGGGGGGUUUCAUCUACACUGGAGAAGUUGUACAUCGAAUGCUGACAGCCACACAGUACAUAGCACCUUUAAUGGCAAAUUUUGAUCCCAGUGUCUCCAGAAAUUCAACAGUCAGAUAUUUUGAUAAUGGCACAGCACUUGUUGUCCAGUGGGACCACGUACAUCUCCAGGAUAAUUACAACCUGGGAAGCUUCACAUUCCAGGCAACCCUCCUCAUAGAUGGACGCAUCAUCUUUGGAUACAAAGAAAUUCCUGUUUUGGUCACGCAGAUAAGUUCAACCAAUCACCCAGUGAAAGUGGGGCUAUCUGAUGCAUUUGUCGUUGUCCACAGGAUCCAACAAAUUCCCAAUGUUCGAAGAAGAACUAUUUAUGAAUACCACCGAGUAGAGUUACAAAUGUCAAAAAUUACCAACAUUUCAGCUGUGGAGAUGACCCCAUUACCUACGUGCCUCCAGUUCAACGGUUGCGGCCCCUGCGUAUCCUCCCAGAUUGGCUUCAACUGCAGUUGGUGUAGUAAACUUCAAAGAUGUUCCAGUGGCUUUGAUCGUCAUCGCCAGGACUGGGUGGACAGUGGAUGCCCUGAAGAGUCAAAAGAGAAGAUGUGUGAGACUGUGGAGCCAGUGGAAAGUUCUUCUCAGACCACCACAACCAUGCAAGCAACUACUGUACUAUUUAGGUUCUUAACAACAACCAGAAGAGCAGCAACGUCCCAGCCGCCCACCAGCCUGCCCACAGAAGAUGAUACCAAGAUAGCACUGCAUCUAAAAGAUAAUGGAGCCUCCACAGAUGACAGUGCAGCCGAGAAGAAAGGGGGAGCCCUGCAUGCUGGCCUCAUUGUUGGAAUCCUCAUCCUGGUCCUCAUUAUAGCAGCAGCCAUUCUUGUGACAGUCUACAUGUAUCACCAUCCAACAUCAGCAGCCAGCAUUUUCUUUAUUGAGAGACGCCCAAGCAGAUGGCCUGCGAUGAAGUUUCGAAGAGGUUCUGGCCACCCAGCCUAUGCUGAAGUUGAACCAGUGGGAGAGAAGGAAGGUUUUAUUGUAUCAGAGCAGUGCUAAGAUUUCUAGGACAGAACAGCACCAGUGCUGGCUUACAGGUGUUAAGACUAAAACCUUUCCUAUACCAUUAAGACAAAACACACACACACACACACACACACACACACACACACACACACACGGAGCCCUAAGCUGCUGUAGCCUGAAGGAAACAAGAUUUUUGGACAAGCCCAGCCCAGGAAGGGUAAGAGAAAAACUAAAACUUAUAAAAGCCACCAUUUACCACUGAACAUAGAAUUUCUUUGAGGAUGGCAUCUAUAGUUCACCCAGAACAUCUCGUGUGGACUUCCCAGAAUUAUGACAAGAUUAGCGUGCCAUCGGCUUAGGUGCAGGGUUGCAAAGGGAUCGAGAACAAAAACACUAAUAACAAAGCUUUAGUUCACAAAGGAUCUACACCUUUGGUUCAUAUACUCUUCUCCGAUGUCUCAAAGAUAACUGUGUUCCAAAGCCGGAACCCUUCCACCCAAAAGAGCAAUGAUGAAUGUCAAGAUUGCUGAGAAAAAUAGCUCACGCAGGAACAACACAAACACAAAAUAAGAAAUUUUCUAUCUUUUCAUCAGACGUGUGGCCAAAGGAUUGUGUUUUUUCUGGUCUACAUCCACCUGUUCCAACAGGUUCAUUACUUUAUAGGAUGAACCUUUAUCUGCACAGGAGGUUUAAACUAUGCUUCCCUCUUCCUUGUUAAUGAAUGCCCUUUUAUGAGCUGUGGUAGAAUUUCCAACCUGUUAGCUAAGGAUUAGGAAAGGGGAGUAGCAAAUGAAGCUUUCUAUUCUCGCUCCUCAGAAUAAAACUUGAUUUGCUUUACGAAGCAUUGCCUCCAUUUCCCAACUGUGAAGUCCUAUGAAGCCACAGUUGCUCUUGGCUGAAGGAAACAAAAGGAUGAGUAGUUCCUUAAUCACUUUUUAAACAAAAAUGUUAAGGGAUUCUUAGUAUAUGGGUAUUUUUUACUUUUUGCCGUUUCAGUACUAAAGGCCCAUUUCAUUGUCGAUUCCCUUCUAAGAAGCCAUUCAAGUCAGCAUAUCCCUGGUGAUAAAAAAAAGAAUGAAAGAACCCUGCUGAAUCAUACAGUAAUUUUCUUUAAAGCACAUAGUAGUUACAUAAAUAUAUAUAAAUAUAUUUUUCUUUAUAACUAACACAAGGCAGGCUCUUGUGACUCUAAGAGUGCAUUUUUGUCAUGAAGACAAAACAAAUGCAAGGUGCAUUACUGCAUACUUCCAUAGAGUUGUAAAAUAAUCCUUAAUAUUAGAAUAUUUUUAUGUCACUUAGCAAAAGUGGUUCAAUUGGUUACAAUGCCAAUCGUUGUCCUGCCUAUUUGAGCCACCUUUCAUUCAUAUCGACUCCUUCCCUCCCUGGCUAAAUAAACCAGAUGCCCAACACUCCUUAAAUGGAGCUGUCAUUUGCCCUGUAAAGAAAAUCCAGAUCUUGAAAUUUCCCCCUGAACGAAGAUAGAAAAGGCAUCCUUUUGAGGAGGAAAGUGGCUAAUAUCCAAAUACUGAGCUCCUAAAGUUUAAAUUAAGGUACUGUGUGUACAACUUCAUCGCAUCUUGACCCAUGAAACUUACAUCCUGUGCCAAGAAGCUGUUGGUUUUGAUAGGGUACAAUGUCUACCAUUUGCAGAUUCUGGUAUCAAGAAGCAGAGAUCUCUUAAACAGCACUUCACUAACAGCUUAACGUCUUGUACACAGUGUCUACAUUGAAUGACAGCAGCUCACUAACAGUACCAUAUUUAUCUACACAACUGUCUCAUGUAAACUAAUGCCAUUUUCCAUCCCAUACAGUUUGUUUUAUAUUUUUAAGUACCUGUUGAGGGUGGUAAUUUUUUCCUAAGUACUUAGUUCAUAAUUGCAAAAAAAAAAAAAUGACAAACAAGGUGAUUGAAGGAUGUGAUGACAAUCUCUCUGCAUAGCUUUGUUCAGUUUAUAUGAACUAUCCCAACUUAUUUUUUUGUGGAGUAGGUUUGAUCAGAUAGCGAUAACCAAAUGACUUGCCAAUGUAACUGGUGCAACUGGUAUUCUACAAAGACAUAAGGGACACUUAGACGAUUCCUUUUAGGAUAAGAUGAUGCUUCUUUCACUAGCUUUUGUGGUAGGUGUGGCUUCUCACAGCAGUUGAUUGACAGUUAUAUAAACCCUGCCUAUAUAUCCAACUUCUUACACAACUCUUUGAAAUAGUAAUGUUAUCUUUAUACUCUCCCAUCUUUCUUUUUUUAAAAAAAUAUAUUUUAUUGAUUUUUUACAGAGAGGAAGGGAGAAGGAUAGACAGUUAGAAACAUCGAUGAGAGAGAAACAUCGAUCAGCUGCCUCCCGCACACCCCCAACUGGGGAUGUGCCCACAACCAAGGUACAUGCCCUUGACCGGAAUGGAACCUGGGACCUUUCAGUCCGCAGGCCGAUGCUCUAUGUCUAUCCACUGAGCCAAACCGGUUAGGGCUCUUCCAUUUUUUAUUCAAGAGAAUCGGCCAUUCUGUAGAAAAACAUAAAACCCUCUGAAUUGUUCAGUGAACUAAAGCACCAAGUGAUAGAUACAACUUUUUGAAAGGAAAAGGCUGCUGAAGUGUGGGAAAGCUUCCUAACAGAACAAAGACUUAAGGGUGGUGAGAUGUUUCUGUUGUGCAUGAAUCCUUUAGUGGUUAGGGGAAAGGCUGACUGAAUCCCUUUUUUUCAUGAAAUUUUCAAUCUAUUUUAUAUGUCUCUGUUUCCUUCUUGGUGACCAUUUAUUGAAACAGAAGAGCAGACAUACACGAAGUUUCGGGAAAUUCAGAAUAGAUGCUGAUACUUUGAACUGUACAUAUAUAAUAUAUUAAAAAGGACACGUCUGUACACUGCUUAAUAAACUAUGAGCAUAGAGAGAGAAUCACAGUUUUAAAAAUUAAAAGUAGCAAAGGAAAACAUGCAAACUUCUGCAGAAAUCAAGUGAAUGGUAAUAUACAGGGAGUUAGUUAUUCAUCUUCAUUAUUUGCAAAAAUAAUAUUCAAUGAUUACAUAAAAGUACUAAAAGUCAAGAAGAAUACUUUAAGUCAGAUAGCAGUGACCACAAUGUUGGUUUGUUUAUAAAGGGUGUAGACUUCCAGAUAUAUUGACAAAUGGAAAACUAAAGAUACAUGAUAAGCUACACUUUGCCCCAGUUAUUAUUUUAGUUCAAGAUACCUAGGGCAUUUGUUAAUCUGUCACAUGUAGCUUCUAGAGCUGGCUGUCCAAUCUUAUAUUCCCUAGACAAAUGUGGUUAUUUGAAUGUAAAUUAAUUAACAUUAAAUAAAAAUUCAUUUCUUCACUCACACUAGUCACAUUCAAGUGCUCAAUAGCCACAUGUGGCUUGUCUCUACCAUGUUGGACAAUACAGAAUCUCCCUGUCGUCACAGAAAUUCUAUUAUGCGGUGCUACUGGGAUCUUUCCUUCCAGCCCCCUCCCUUGAGGAAAAAGGAGGAGGAUAAAGAAGAUUUGGUAGUUCUUAGCUAAACUAAGCAUUUUUAUUUCAGAGAGGCAUGAUGGAAUAAUGAAAAAAAAAUACCAGCUGAUACAACUUUGAGUGUCCACUAUGUUAUUUUGGCAAAAUCACUUCAAUCUCCAUGAGUCAGAGUUUGCACUUUGGGAAAAUAAAAAUAUUUGCAUCCUAUCUUUCCUGCAAGAUGAUUAUUAUGCAGACUGACUAAAUGUACAGACUUUUAAAACCAUAUGUCAAUGCAAUCCAAAUAAAGCACGGCUCUUGGUUCAGGACCAGCACACAUUUGCAUUCAGGAAAAAAGAGUUCAUCAAUACACAAAGCAUUCAAAGACAAUCAGAUCAAUACAUUUCUUGAAAAACUGCCAAAGGAGAAUACUUUCAAAGCAGACACAAAUUACUUACGUUUCUCUUUGCCCAUCUUAAUAUUUUCUCUUACUAAUUCCUCUACAUGACUUCUCCCCCAACCAUCUGUCCUCUCCCACACCAAAGGCCUCUAUGUUCAUACUUCAACUGGCUCACUUCUUUAUUAAGUAGAGUCAUUAGCAUCUCUAGCUUCUUCUAAUUUCCCAGUUUAUUCUUCACAGCAAAGGGAGGCUUAGGAGCCGACCAGCAGGCUUCCCUUUAGAAGGAAAUACCUCAAACGCAAAUAACUUUAAAUAUAUUUUAUCCCCGUAACACAAAUGUAAGGGGCUGUCACAUUAAAAUAUAAAUAUGUGGAACUUAAUUUUAAUUGUAAAAAUUUGCAAAUGAAGACUAUAUAUUGCAUAAAAAGAAUAAAAUUAAUUUAAAUUAUGCUAAUAUGCAGAUAAUACAUUUUCUCAGAUGAGUAUAAUUUAUUAAACUGUUGGCAAAAAAAAAUUCUUCUUAUUUCCUCAUUCUGAAGAAGUAUAAAUUUGGUGAUGCUCCUAGGACUUACUGCAUAUUUGAGAAAAAGUUUUGCUAUAAGCUAUGUUAUGGUUCAAGACAUCCAUUCCACGAUAAGAAAUGAAUAUUUAAAUAAGAUUAACUGAAAAAUAUAUCCUGUGGUUCCGGUUUCUUGCUCCUGUAAAAUGUUAUUUUGCUUUGUAUUUCUUCAGACAUUUUUCAGAGAUUUUAUUAUUUUAUGUGCUUUACUAAUUUCAAAAGAUUGCUCUUGCUUUUUCUUCUCAUCCCUGCCCCACUCUGGGCAUCAGCAUCUGUAUGCCAGAAUCAUGGGAGGUCAUCUAAUUCAACUUUUUCAUUUCACAGAUAAGAAAUUGAGUCCGAGAGAGAAAAGUAAUUUUCACAUUGUCAUAACUAGGUCUUGAACUUGAAACUCCUGUCAGGUUAUUUUUGUUCAAGUUCUCCUUGUCCAUACUCCUUUGUCAGCACGUAAGGUCAACCAAGCAUCUCAGAAGGCACAGUCCUUCUAAAUUCUAGCUUUAUGUGCUAUAUGACUGUCUACUCUGUUCUGUAGAACAGUGGACCAAGCUUCCUCUAUCAUGUUGCUGUUUUAAGAAUGGCGCCAUUUUAAUAACAAUCUGUGGUUUCAAGUUCUAGCUAUUACAGGAUCUUUGUCUGGGUUUUCAGGUUCCUCCCCGCUCCCCACUCCUACCUGUUACUAUCUAAGUUAACAAUACUAUUUCUUUUUGCCAUUUAAAUUUUUUCUGCCUUUGUUUCAUUUCUUCCCCAAUGUACCUGAAAAUGAAUGAUAUCCAUAGCAGGUUUUCUUAUCAUUUAUAUAAUCACAAUUUUUAAUUGCUUUCUUAACUGUCUGAACUUUUUUUUUGUCCUGAGAAGGUUUAUUGUUGUUGUUGUGUUUUGUUUUUUUUUUUGUUUUUUUUGAGCAAAUAUUAUGAGGCUGCAGCAUUACCUAUUACAUAUAUACUCAUACUACAUUGUGUUUGUAAAGCACUUUACAUUUUAAAGAGCACUUUCAUUCAUUCCUUUAUUUUUUUAUUCAUUUAACCACUCAAUCAACUUAAAUAUUAUUGAAGAUCUUGUGGCAUAUAGUAAUAAAUACAAAUAGUGAUAAUUGUUUGUAGUAUGGUAAAAUCCUCAAACACAAUUUGGCAAGAAGGUACGAUCAAUAUUAUUUCUUUAUCCAAUUCCAAUGUUCGAUUCUACUUAGAUAAGGAACUAUCAAGUAUUUGCCUGAAGAAUGUUUAUGAAAAAUGGGACAUCGUUGCAUGCACAUCUGUGCUGUUUGCUCUAUUUUAAAUAAUGUGUUAAUUUCAUUAAUGAGAAGAAAAUUAUAUAUCCAAAGUUGUGCUGGACACAGGAGAACUUUCCAGGACACUUGAAUUCUUUCUGACUAAGCAUAAUAGUUCACCUUCUUGCACCAAUAUCUGUUGCAUUUUUUAAAAUUAUCAACUUCGUAUUUUUUAAGAUAUUCCAGAAACACCAGUGUAUCAGAGAAGCAUUUGCACUUUAGAUGUGUAUGGCUCUUUGUCAUUUAUCAGACCAUCUCAAGUGUCCUCAACUUCAGCACUGUUGACACUUUGGGGCUCAUUAGUCUUUGUUGGGGAGUAGGGGUGGAAGUCCUCCUGAGCAUUGUAGGUUGUUUUGUCAGUUUCCAGAGCUUCUAUUGACUAUACGCUCUCUCUCUCUCUCUCUCUCUCUCUCUCUCUCUCUCUCUCUCUCUCUCAAUGCAGUUGUGACAACUAAUGUCCCCUGGCGGGAUUGGGAAAUCUACUGAAUUAGCUAGUGAGCAAAAUAUAUCAGGAUAAAAAAAGGAAAUUUUCUGUUUCCCUUAUCACUUAAUGUUUAUCAUAGGUAGGUUUGCAUUUACAAUAAGACUUGGAAUCAUAAACUCUUUGCAUUAGACGGGACUGUAAAAAGUCACUAUUUCAGCCAUAACCCAACAUCAUGUCCUUAUCUAUUUCUCCAUCUCUUGACUUUACAAAUGUUUUGGGAGAAGAUUAGUUAUCUCUGGAAACUUGGUAGCUAGAGAUUAGGCUGUUUGGCAGUUAUGUUUGCUGCUAUAACAGCUACUGUGGUAACAUUUGCUUCAGUUUGUGGACUUGCUGUAGUAUCUCAGAAACUGUAGCAUCUCAGAGACUUUGCUUUGAGGAGUUUUCUUUUGGUCACUUCACACAUCUACAAAUCUUGUUCCUUUAUCUUUGGCUUCCAAACAUGCAGAGAAGUUGAAGUUCGGCGUUUCUAAUUUUAAGUAUAUCUGGAUGAGCUUUCUAUUUCUGAUGCUGAUUUUUUUUUUUUUUUUGGAGGGGGGCCCUCUGUGGGGGCAAAAACAAAAACAAAACAUUUGACUGUCCCAAGUAACUGAAAAUUGGGAGUUUCAAGUCAGGCCAAAGUUUUUACUAAUUUGUUGUGCCUUAUGUCAGUUUUCCUGUAGGGUCAAUCAUUUCCUACGUAUAAAUCUGAAUCCCAUCCGUUGUGUCUCUUCUGCACCAAUUAAAAUACCUGGAGAAGUUAUACAAAGUCAGCCUCUUGAUAUUCCCACAAAUAACAACAAACGCCCAACUGGAAUAUCAUGUCUCCCUUUAUUCCUUUGCUAAAAGACCAACCAGACUUUGAAAGCAUUCAUAAUUAUUGACUACAAGUUGCUAGUAUGGACACACAAUUGAAAGCCUUCUUUGCAAAGUAAGUCUAAGGGUAUAGAAUACUGACAAGUGAGCUCUCAUAAGACAAUCACGGAAAUCAGAAAACCAUAACCGAGGAGAGCCUCAAGUGUAUAUAUAAUUUUCUACUCUACUACUGUUCUAUCAGACAAUAUGGUGUUACUUAACAUUUUGGUUAAGUGGAUACUCAAUUUCAAAUUAAAAUGUAAUACCAUUGCCUCGUUAUUGCCUCACAUAACUUUUAAACUAUUUAGUGCCCACUGUUCUCACAAUGAUUAUUGCCAAGAAGUAAGGUGGUAAUUAUGAGAGUAAAGUUACCUAAUUUUUUGAAUCAAGUCUCCCUAGAAGUUUGUGAAUUACAUCAUCAUUGGCUUCUCAAUGUUAAUUCUUGUUAAUUUCCAGAUCACUGUCUACACUGAAAGAUUUAUGUUCCUUUAAAUCCAGAACAAAAGGCUGGAAAAAAUAAUGCAAACCAUAUGCUAGUACUCAUCUUUUUCUAAUUUCUAAGAUUUAUUAGCAUUUGAGAAUUACUAAAAGAAAUUCUCUCCUAAGGAAAUACAGUAAAAAAUUUUGAUGUGCCAUGUUGAUUUUUAAACAUAGUCUCUGAGUCCCCAAGCAUUAUAAAACUAUGUAUUUAUAUCUCUUAUUCAUCACCCAGCUAAAAACCUAUUGUGCCUAUGGAAUAGACACAUAGCAUGAAACUAAUUUUAGAAGUUUGCUAUGUGGGGAGAGAUAAAAACAUAGGAGUGGGUGGAUGGGGGGUAAUUCAGAGAAAAAAUAAAUAUCAAAAUAUUCUACCAAGCAGAGUUUUCAACUUCUUCAGAGCAACGUGUAAAUAAAUAUUCAAUUAGGUUCAGCUCAAAUUUAGGUCAUUCAGAUACUGGAGCACAGAUCCUGCAAAUUAUGCUAGAAACACAUGGCAUACAGAAAGUAAAGGAUGCCCCUAGCUCCUCUAAAACUCAGCCAUCACCUGCCUGUACUUCUAUGGCACUCAUUAUAAAUCGCUGAGGCCUUUGCUGUAGGGAGUUGGGUUACUUACAGUCAGGGAAUAACCAGAAAAAGACUUGUAUUUAUCUUCCUGUGACUUACAAGGAAUGUUCUUUGAUUCCCUUAUCCCAGGGACCACGAGGGAGCCAACCAUACACAGGCAAUAAGAUACAAUGAAAACAGAAGUAAUUUUUCUGAGGAAAAGAUAAGAAAGGGAACUUUCAACUAUGACCCCUAGCUGGAUCUCUAUGAAGUUUGACCAUCGCAGGACCCAGACUCGAGGAAUAUUGUCUAGACACUGUAGUCGAGUCUAAGUCAUCAUUUUCAAGGUGUUUGAACAAAAAUACACUCAGUUUGUCAUAUUAGUAGCAGGGCAAUAAAUUCUCAAAUUAAGUGUCCUCCACCAGGCGACUCUGAAAAUACCAUUAUGUGAAAUCAGAGCUUCUCUUGCUAAGAAAUGUUAAAAUAAUUUUAGGGCAAUGAAUUAAGUUUCUUUAGACACAGACAUUUUGUAUAUAUUAUUACUAAAUUCUGGGGCUCUGUCUGACAGGGUUCAGUUUUUUCAGAGGUUGGUCAAAACAAAUCUUUCAUUUGCCUCAUUUGAGGUAUUUGGACAGUGCCUGGGAAGUACAUUAUUUUCAGGGGGGGGCGGGGGGGAAGACAGCCUUUUUUGCAUGCCAGCAGGGAUCAUGGGAACUCCCAAUGCCAGGAAUUUACUACUGUUUCUGGUAAUUCUGCUUGUAGUAAUUUGAAAUGUUGAAGUGUGAAAGGAAAAGUUGGACACCCAGGGGGCUGUCUGUGUUUUAUGCCAGUUGCACCAGCACACAGAAUAUUUGUAAAUGCCUUUCAAAGUGGGUAUAAUUGUCCCCUUUGUCAGGAUCACAAAGCCCACUGUGGUGCCGCUGAGAGAGAACGCUGCGGGGGAAAUCUGACCUUCUAACUCAGUCAGCCUCCAACAAGAGGAGAGACUGCGUGGGUGAGCACAGCACAUUGCAAGCUAGUUUCUCACUGGUUUCCAUCAAAUCAAGGACAUGCUUUUCAGGUGAAGGUUAAUUUUGCAGAGGUUUUCCAAAACUUAAUUUAAUACAGUGCUUGGAAAACUGAGCAUUUUGAAGUUACUCCAGUCCUCUGGGCAUCAUUUUUGUUUCCUUUUCUAUAUUAAUAAGACAUUCCAAGGCUGAAUUCUUCACGAAAAAAUAACAUACGCAUAUGACCUCAUGCUUGAUGUACCUGAACCUGCAAAUGUAAAAAUGAUUGUGUCUAAAUUUGCACUAAUGGUGUCUGAUAGCAGAAGAGGUGUGAUCUCUACUGAAAUCCACUGUUUAAAUUCCGUAAUUCAGAUGCUACAUACUUCUGCAAGCUUCUUGAUUAUUUUCACUGUAAGAAAAAUUAUCUAAGUUUGAAUGUAUUUCCUUAUAGUUCAUUGAUUUGCUAUCUAAAGAUCCCUAUGAUUGCAAUAAUUCAUUAAGUGUUCUUUACACAGCUUCUUAAGUCAAGUUUUUCUAUAGUUCUUCUGGUCCUACUUACACUACAUGGGAAAUCUUUUUCUUUCCCUGGUAAUAAUUUUGUAAGAAAGCCAGUGUAUCGACCACCAUCGUGACAGAAUUCAUCUUUAAAGGUCUGGAAGCAGGUGGUGACCAAUUGUUACCUGUGUUUUCUCUGUUGAAUGCUAUCUUCAGAAUUAAAUCAUGUUUUGUUCUAUUUUUUUUUUCACUUUCAGUUGAAGUCAACAAAUUUGGGAUUUUAGAAAGGGGAGAAGGGAACAAUUUGUGUAAUACUGCUGUCAUAUUUAACUACAUAUUAAAAACAAUAAAUGAUCAUUUUGUUUUAA